AUGUUUGGGCCUAAGAAAUGGGCUUGGGUUCCGAGGCUCCCAAGUAACCCGGAACCUCCACUUCUUGGUCCAUCAAUGGGCCUCAUGACAAUUUAUUACCAUCCAUACCACAACCCACUCAAGCAAGCCCCGGCGUGGCGUGUCGUUUGGCGUGGCAUGUGUGCAAGCGCAUAUGAUGAACUUUCGCAUGCCCAAAUCGGGUUUCUUCUUGGUAAAGCAUCGCAUUGGGCCGAGAAUUUAUUUGGUCCGAACUGUGAAUAUUUUGGGCCUCAACAAAGGGCAGACCCACUGUUGCGAGAUUCCUAUAGGAAUCAGUUUCUAAUCUGGUUUGAAGAUUUCUUAGAAGCGAUUGAGAUUACACCUGAUUUCUUGUGGGUUUGUUGA